CGGGACUGGAGGGACUCGUGAGCCGGAGCCCAGAAAUCCGGGGGCGGAUAAGACACCGCGUCCCCUCAAUUUCUUCUGCAGGAGCAGCUCAGGGAGCUUGUCCCCCUUUUCUCUGAGGAACCCGCUUUGGCAACCACAAAACGAUUUGAUCACUCUGGGCAAAGCUACCAGAGGAGCUCUGGACGACGGCUGGAGGCCAACAGAGUCCUGCAAGUGGUGACCAGGGUGAUAUGCCAACAAUGAACGGGUGCUUUUCAGUUGCUGGCCUCCGGUGCCUGUCCAGGGUCUUGGAAGUGCCAGCGCCUCUGGCUGUGGCCUGCUAACAAGCCUCUCCUCGGCCGGCUCCCGCCGCGCCCCCUCUCGCUUGCUUCCUCCUCCUGCUCCUCUCCCCCCUGCUCCCAGGACGGCGGGAUGGCAGCGCAGGGCGCGCCGCGCUUCCUCCUGACCUUCGACUUCGAUGAGACUAUCGUGGACGAAAACAGCGACGACUCCAUCGUGCGCGCCGCUCCGGGCCAGCGACUGCCCGAGAGCCUGCGUGCCACCUACCGCGAGGGCUUCUACAACGAGUACAUGCAGCGCGUCUUCAAGUACCUGGGCGAGCAGGGCGUGCGGCCGCGGGACCUGCGCGCCAUCUACGAGGCCAUCCCCCUGACGCCGGGCAUGGGCGACCUGCUGCAGUUUGUGGCCAAGCAGGGCUCCUGCUUCGAGGUGAUUCUCAUCUCGGAUGCCAACACCUUCGGCGUGGAGAGCGCUCUGCGCGCCGCGGGCCACCACGGCCUGUUCCGCCGCAUCCUCAGCAACCCGUCGGGGCCCGACGCGCGCGGGCUGCUGGCGCUGCGGCCCUUCCACACGCACAGCUGCACGCGCUGCCCCGCCAACAUGUGCAAGCACAAGGUGCUGAGCGACUACCUGCGCGAGCGGGCCCACGACGGCGUGCACUUCGAGCGCCUUUUCUACGUGGGCGACGGCGCCAACGACUUCUGCCCCAUGGGGCUGCUGGCUGGCGGCGACGUGGCCUUCCCGCGCCGCGGCUACCCUAUGCACCGCCUCAUCCAGGAGGCCCAGAAGACCGAGCCCAGCUCCUUCCGCGCCGGUGUGGUGCCCUGGGAAACCGCCGCCGACGUGCGCCUCCAUCUGCAGCAGGUGCUGAAGACAUGCUGAGGACCGCGGCCUGCUGGGGGCGCCGGAGCGACCGGGUGGAAACGGGCCGAGGGGUGGGGGAGAUCGGGAAAGACAAACCUACUUUUAUUACUCCCUUUUCCCUUUGGUUUGUCCCUCCGGGAAUUUCUGGGAUUCCAGGCUCGUCCAUUUUGGGUCUGGGGAGGGAGUUCGGAGCCGACCCUAUCUAUGCAGUUAACCCAGUUCGGCUGCGCCCCCAGUUCUCCUGCCGUAGCUGAGUGCAGGCCCAACCGGGAUGGAGCACAUACCUGAGACAGCAGCAGCGCUUCCAAAAACCGUGUGCUCCGAACUGGGAGAAAGCAGGUCCUUGGCGGUGGAGAGAAAGUAUCUCGCCGCUUUAAUUGCAGCCUCGGGCCGCGAACCCUCUUGCUUAUUCCCCUAGAUUUCUCUUAAGAGGACCCGGGUCCUGAGAGCCUCUCGGCCAAACUGGACAACCCAUAGAGAGAAAUGACGCUCUCCGCCGACGGCCCGGAGCCUAGAUCUUGCUUCACCUUCCCCACACUACACCCCUUUUCUUCCUGCGCCCUUCAACCCCGCGGUCCACCCGCCAGCAUCCCCAAAGGAAAAAAAGCCAGAGGGAAUUGUCGCCUCCUGGUGGUGGAACGAGGUAGCACACAGUCCCGCGCGGGUCUGGCCAACCAGGGACCACAAGCAGCCUGCGACUGUCUCCUCGCACCCCAGCCUCGUCUAUGCAGCAAGUGACCAGGGGCUUUUUACCAAAGUCGCCCGCGCCGGCUGCCCCCUCCCCUGCGCGCGUUCUCCCCUCCCGUAUGGAACCGAAAGCCAUGAUGUUUUAAAGCAGAGCCAGCAACACCCAAGCCCCUACUCCCUUUUUGGUGUUUUAGAGCUAUAAAGGAGGUCAAGUGGG